GAAGGAUGGAGGUGGGAGAAGUGAAGAGAAAAGAAGAGAGAAGAAAAGGAGAGUCCUCUUCCUGACAGAAUUCUGGUUACAGUAGCCCACACUGUUAAGCUCACGUCACGAGUCAUGACCUGCUGUAACCCAACUCGUAACCUGUAGGUUGGUCAUUUCACCAACUCUAAAAUUUGAAUCCUUACAAGCCGGGCGGGUCGUCAAUAAGGCCGGACCAGCGUUCCCGCUGGAAACGGAUAGCAACGCAGAAACGGGGUCACAGUACCACUUAAAACAACACCAACAAGUCGCAGCAGCACCAAGUUUAAUCAGUCGGAGAAAUCAAGCAUCCAGCACCAGCCUGUGUAGCAGAGAAGGCUGCCGCUGAAAAGGCAUGCUUGGUUUCGGCGUGGUCGUGAAGCAAGAAACCAAGGAUCAUUGAAAAAGAGAAGAAAGAGAACAUGGAAUUAAUGGAAUUAUGGGCAAUAUUUGGGCCUGGUGUUGCAGGCGCCGUCUUCGGCGCAGGCUGGUGGAUCUGGGUUGACGCCGUCGUAUGCAGCUCCGUCAAGGUGUCGUUCCUUCAUUACCUUCCUGGAAUUUUCGCAUCUUUGGCGGCUUUGAUGUUCAACUGCGUUAGGAAAGAAGACAUCAAUUAUUCUCCCUACGACGAAGGCGAGUGGAGACUGAAGCUAUGGCUCUUCAUUGCUUACGUCAUAUCCUUCAUUUCUUUAGCCGGAUCAGUGGGUUUUCUGAUACAAGAUUCAAUUGAUAAAUCUGCCCCUCCAGUAUGGACUGGAGCUGCUGGUGUUUUGCAGUGUGUGUUCGUCUUGAUCAGUGGACUGGUUUAUUGGACUUCCCAUGCCGAAUAAGGCGAACUCCGUAAAUCGUUGGGAGCUUCAAAUUCUUCCGGGAGGCGUGUAUCGCCCUGUUCACGUGAAAUGGGAAACAGUUUUCUCUUGUAAAUAAUAAACGUAAAUUUUGCAAACAAUAUUGAGUAUCGAAGUAGGUUUAUACUACUUGUUACGUAGAUUGAUCGUUAUUCGGCUUAAUCCAGUCAUUUGUUGGUUUUCCUUGGGGAUCAAACUCCUUUCGUUUUCCCCCUAAUUUCUGAAUGCGAGGCAUACAUGACCAAGUUAUUGA